AUGGCAGCUGGUCUCGCCCUUGUCACCGCCGCUCCCCUCCAAAAGCGCGCUACGAUCCCCAUCACCAUGUCCAACGGAUCGUCCAAGACCGCUUCCGUCACCGUUCUCUACUCCGGUGGAUCAUACCCCUCUUUCAACCUUGCCCCGGGAUCAUCUCACACCACCGACGUUGAUGCCUCGACUCAAGGCUUGAACUUCAAGGCUGUCGCCAGUGAUUCCUCUUCCGGACCCGUACAGUUCGAGUUCAGUCUCGGAGGCUAUGCCGGUGCCGACUACUACGACAUCUCCUACAUCGACGGAAAUGGCGGUUUCGAUGGCGGAUCCAUCACUUGCUCUAGCUCGGGAAGCACUGGUACCAACUUGGACUGCGCGAGCUCGACGAACUGUGAUGUUGCGUACUACAACCCUGAUGAUACGCAGACGCACGCAGGGAGUGGCUGUGGAGCCUACAGCAUUGGAUUGUCGUAG